UAAGUGUAUUUGGCUUAAAGAAAUUGAUUUAUCAAUUUAAACAUUUUGAGGUCAUUAGUUUCCUCAAAUGUUUUGAGUUAAAUGAACUUAUCCGGUUUUACAGUGCAAUAUGUAAGUGGAAAAACCUAAUAUAGGUAAAAUAUAGCGGCUCUCGAGAUGCUGUAAUUGGCUACCACUAGCACGGCAUCGUCUUGGAAUAUCAUAACAAUAUAAAUUCUUUUUUCUUAAAUAUCGAGUACUACUCCAGGAAUGUCAUCCCUGUAGUGCUGGAGUAUAACCCAUACUUGGCCUUAAACAGGAUAAAAAUGAAUUCUAUAGCAGGAGGCUUUAAUCGUGUCCUCAGUUCAACCAAGCAGGAGUCAUACUAAUUCCACUUUUUAAAGCAAUUGAAUCAAUUUUAAUCUAAAGUUGGCUGGAGACUCUGAUCACACACAUAACCCUGCUCUAUGUCAUCAUAUUCAUCGUGUACCAGAAUUUCUAUCAAGUAUAGUUGUCUAUAUAGAACCAUUGCUCUGUAUUGUACUUUGUACUGUGUUCUUGGAGUCUUUUUACUUCCUCUUGUUUUGCAAAUUACCCGUAAUAACAUGGUGAACCCACAGGAUAAAAUAUUGAGGCCAUGCAAUAAAUAUAUUGAUGUUAUGAGAUAAUAUAUUGAGACCUAUAAGAUAAUAAUAUAGGUCUCAAUAUAUUAUAAAAAUAUUGAAGCCACAAGUUGAUAUCUUGAGGCCACAAAUGAAUAUAUUGUGGCCAUGAGUUAACAUUGAGGCUAUGAGAUAAUAUAUAGAGGCCAAAAAAAAAAGUGGUCAUGAAAUUCUAUAACUUGAGCCUCCGAUGAAAUAUUUUGCAGGAACAGGUGAAAAAGUCUAUUUGCUUUGAGAAUUUGCUUAAGCUGGUGUGGGCUAAUGUUACAUCCUUGUCACAAGGGCAGUGACUCCAGCAUCUAUUUAUGCAUCGUUCCAAGAUAAUAAAGUAUAAGAUUAUUAAUCAUUUCCAUGUGUGCUAUCCUGUGAACACAUCAGUCUAAUUCACUAGGUUUUUCUGUCUCACACAUUUUACUAUGAAUGUGAAUGAGACAUAUCAUAUGAAGCAGGCUGCUGCAUCAUUUAAAGGAGUCUGCCUUUAAAAUCUGUUAACAUUCGACUAUAAUCCAUAUUUAUACUGUUAAUCCGUCCCAGAGCUUAGAUUGGCUUGUACAGUUCCUAUUUGUGGUAUGUUGUAAAUUUACAAAAUGUUUUUUUGGAUUCGCAUGUUUCUGUUUGGUUGUAAAUAACUCUUCUGGCAACAAGACAAAGCUCCACCUUACGAAAGCUUCCCUUUUAAGCACGGCGUCUUGUUAGAAUACAUAGUCUGUUUCACAAUCUUUCUUGGGCUGACGAGAGAGGCUCAUGACAUUCUUCAACAUGACAACUAAGGAGUAUUCUGAUUACUACAACCUAACAAAUUGUAGUUUCCAAGUCUGCAAAAACAACAACAUAAUGGACUUCAGCCAAGUCUUCCUACCUACCCUUUACAGCAUUGUCUUCCAUUGCUUCUUACUUCUUAUUGCUUUUAAAACAGUUAGCUUGCUUACUUGCUUUUGUAUACAUUAUUACACUGUAAUUUUCUCAUGCAACAUGUCAUAAUAAGACGUUUCCCCCCCCCUCCAUAAACAGCUAAGGAUGAUUACAACAGAUCACUGCAUGACUUCUCACCCUGCAAUAAUACCAACGUAAUGGCAUUCAGCCAAACCUUCCUCCCUUCCCUCUACAGCAUCGUAUUCAUUGUAGGGUUAAUUGGCAAUGGCCUGGUGCUGUGUGUCCUGGUCAAGUACCACAAAAGGUCCAACAUGUCAGAUCUGUGUCUCUUCAACCUGGCUAUUUCAGACCUCCUCUUCCUGAUCUCAUUGCCUUUUUGGGCUCACUACGCUGCCAUCUCUGAGUGGACCUUCGGGGGCUUCAUGUGUCAUGCAGUGACAGUGCUCUACAUGCUGGGAUUCUAUGGAAGUAUCUUCUUCAUGAUCCUCAUGACCAUUGACCGCUACACUGUCAUUGUCCACACCUACACCUCCCUCUUCUCCAAGCACCGGUCUGUCAGAGCUAGCAUAGCCCUGGCUUUGUUUAUAUGGGCACUUAGCUUGGGAGCUUCUCUGCCAAACAUCAUUUUCUCUCAAGUGAAGAAUGAAUCUUAUGGAUGGACAUGCAAAGCGGAAUAUCCUGAAGGAUCAGCGUGGAAGCCAUUCUCUUACAUUGAGCUGAACAUCCUCGGCUUGAUCAUUCCUCUCUCGGUGAUGGUGUUCUGCUACUCACAUAUCAUCCCCAUCUUAAUGACGAUGAAAUCUCAGAAGAAACACAAAGCUGUCAAGCUCAUGCUGGUCUUAGUCAUUGUUUUCUUCCUCUUCUGGAUGCCCUACAACAUCGUCAUCUUCCUGAUGUUCCUGCAUCACUUGGGCUACAUGAGCACCUGUCAGUGGCAUCAGGACCUGAGCAUGGCUAUGCAGUGGGUGGAAACCAUAGCGUUCAGUCACUGCUGCCUCAACCCCAUAAUCUACGCCUUUGUGGGGCAGAAAUUCAGAAAUUUAUUUCUAAAGAUCCUGAAAGAAUGGUUUCCUCUUUGCUUUGGGCAUUGCACGACAACUGAGUUCUCAGAGAGGAGGACCAUUAGGUUCUCAUGCACCUCAGUGAUUUCCAGCUCAAAGUCAAAUUCAAUAUUGUAAGCAUUAUCACGUUUAAUGAACUAUUAAGUCUUAUUAUGUCUCUUUUGUCUGUAUUUCAGUAAAGUAAAGUUACUAAUACUGUUGUUA